UCUCCAUGUGACUUUUUUUGCAUCGGUGUGUGGUUUAGCCCAGCUUCCCUCAGCUGGCUCUGCUCUUCUUUCAUCGUCCGGCAUUUGCACCCACUUGUGCUUGUAGCAGAAUGGCCCCCGCUGGUUGACGAGCUGCGCAGACUGGGCUGGAUUCUCAUCAAAGCUCUGCUGCGCUUCACCUUCAUGUUCAUCAAUAACUGCGUGGCGAUUCCAUCCUACUGCUUGUACCUGAUCGUCUUGCAGCCGCUGAGGAUGGUGCACAGCUCUGCUUUCUGGCACAUUGAGGGCGUCAUGUUCCGGUGGCUACUGGCCAUGGUGGCGUCAUGGGGCUGGUGUGCAGGAUACACAGUGACAGAGUGGGGCGAUGACGUGAGGCCGAUAUCUGAAGACGAAGCAAUGGUUAUUGUCAACCAUCAGGCCACCGGGGACGUCUGCACUCUAAUGAUGUGCUUGCAGGAUAAAGGAACGGUGGUGCGGAAGAUGAUGUGGUUAAUGGACCAUGUGUUUAAAUACACCAACUUUGGCCUGGUGUCUCUGAUCCAUGGAGAUUUCUUCAUCAGACAGGGCAAAGCGCAUCGGGACAAGCAGCUCAUUUACCUGAAGAGUCACCUGGACAAGUAUUACUACAGCCGCGACAGGAAGUGGAUCGUUCUGUUUCCUGAGGGUGGCUUCUUGAGAAAAAGGCGAGAGACGAGUCAGUCGUUUGCCAAGAAGAACGAUUUACCCCAUUUAACACACGUGACACUGCCACGCCUCGGGGCCACUCAGGUAAUCCUGAAGACGCUUGGACCGCAGCAGGAGAAUGGCAUGCUGGGAAAUGAUACCAGCUCGUCAGCACAGAAAGAUAGUAAAUCUAAAGGCCUGCAGUGGGUAGUGGAUGUGACAGUAGCGUACCCUGAAGCCAAACCCAUGGACAUCCAGACGUGGAUUUUUGGCUACAGAAGUCCCACCGUCACACACGUGCACUACAGGAUCUACCCAGUAAGAGAGGUACCGGUAGAGACCGAGGCUCUCACAGACUGGCUCUAUCAGAGGUUUGUGGAGAAAGAAGAACUUCUCGCUCACUUCUAUCAGACAGGAGUGUUCCCUCCAUCAAAAGGCCAAAAGGAGGCCGUUUCCCGGGCGAUGACCCUGGAUCUUGCGUGGCUGUGCGCCAUCCAGUCGUUUGCCUUCAUCUCGGGCUACAUGUGGUACAGCAUCCUUCAAUACGUCUACUGCUGGCUCUGCUCGCUGCUGUGGUGAAGAGAGAGAGAGGGGGGGGUGGAGAGCGAUGGAAAAAUGGAUGAAAGAAGGACGAUGAUGGAGGAAGGAGGAACAGCCAUUAAUGCUGAUCUCGGAUCUGUUGAAAUGCCACAGACGCCGUCUUAACUCACUGGAUGGCAAGAUGAUCUUGGAGGAAAAUUGUAUUUGAUCCCAAACCUGCAUCCCAUCUGGGCGCGUGCGCGCGCGCGCACACACACACACACACACACACA